UACAAAUACGACAUGGUCACAUGACACGGGGAUGCGGAAGUACGGAACCGUUGUUUUGCUAACCAGUAGCUCAGAUGCUAGCACCUAUAGCCGAGUUAAUUCUUAAGAUAUUUGUCAUAUAACCGUUAACAAGUAAACAACACCCAUGGUCAGGAUGACACAGAAGCACUGCCUGGAGGGCCAGGUCUACUCAGUGCCUCUCAUCCAGCCAGACCUGAGGAGAGAGGAGGCUGUCCAUCAGAUAGCAGAUGCAUUACUCUACCUGGAGACCAUCUCUACGGAUAUUUUCAAAAGGGUGUCUGACAGUGUAGAGAAGAACCGCUGCCAGCUGCAAAGCAUCACUGACCGGAUCAGACUGGCUCAGGCCCGUGUCGACAAGAUCAAAGGCAGUAAGAAGGCCACCAAGGUUUUUUCCAGUGCUAAGUACCCGGCCCCAGAUCGACUUCAGGAUUACUCGUCUAUCUUUACCGAGGCAACGGACCCCUCCUCACAAACCCGCCCCCGACACAGGAUACAGAAUAAACUGCGGCCCUUUGAUGAGAAAGCCUUGCAGGAGAAGUUGAUGUAUUUCCCUGUGUGUGUGAGCAAUAAGAAGAGGUCUGAGGAUGAGACGGAGGAGGGGCUGGGCAGCCUGCCACGCAACAUCUCAUCUGUCAGCUCCCUGUUGCUCUUUAAUACUACCGAGAACCUAUACAAGAAGUACGUGUUCCUUGAUCCUCUGGCGGGAGCAGUGACAAAAACACACACAACUCUAGAGACGGAGAAAGAAGAGAAGCCGUUUGACGCACCGUUGUCCAUCACCAAGAGAGAGCAACUGGAGAGACAGACGGCAGAGUCGUAUUUCUACGUACCAGACCUGGGCCAGGUACCCGAGAUCGAUGUGCCCUCGUACCUGCCCGACCUGCCGGGCAUCGCAGACGACCUGUCCUACAGUGCAGACCUCGGGCCUGGCUUUGCCCCGUCAGGACCUACACACAACAUCCCUGAGCUGCCCUCUUUCUCUGAGGAGAGCAAUUUACCUGGUCCUCAGCUCCAACCUAAUGUUCCACCUCCUCCACCGCCUCCUCCUCCCCCUCCUGAGCCCGCCCUCGCCCCCGCCACCCCCGCAGGAGCUCCCCCUCCUCCGCCUCCUCCACCUCCUCCUCCUGCUGACGGCCCCACUGAAGUCUCUCGAACGCCAAGUUCAGCCCCUGUCGCUGGUGCUCCCAGUGAGGUGGUUCAGCCGUCGGACGGCCGCGCCAGUCUCCUGGAGUCCAUCCGUAACGCCGGAGGCAUCGGCAAAGCCAAGUUACGCAACAUCAAAGAGCGCAAGAUGGAGAAGAAGAAACAGAAGGAGCAAGAGCAAGCAGUGGGAGUUGCAUCUAGUGGUGGAGACUUUAUGUCCGAUCUCUUCAAUAAACUCGCCAUGCGGAGGAAAGGCAUAUCUGGUAAGGGUCCAGCGGGCGGGGAGUCAGGUGAUGCUCCUGCUGGUACCGGCGGUGCAUUUGCCAGGAUGUCAGAUGUCAUCCCACCACUUCCUGCCCCACAUCCGACGGCAGACGAUGACGACUGGGAGGCAUAACGUGACGGACAGUGAAGACUAAAAGCACUGAUAAUGAACGCGUUGGACAUUGUCGGAUAAUUUUGUAUAUGAAGGACUUCUAAUCACUCUAUAAUAUUAUAAAAAUGUAUCCCACUAACAUCAUUUUUCACGGCCUUGGUUGGUUUACCCAAUUAAAACAAAACGCCACUAAAACUCAAAUAAUGAAACAAUUUACUGAUAAUCAUAUUCAUUGUAAAUCAUAUUUUAAUAAACAUUUCAAUAACACGUCUACAUUAAA